AUGGAAGAAGCCACGAUGAAUGUUCUCAGUGCGCAAAGCUAUGUCCUCAAGAUCGUCUUGCAAAAGGGCUUCAUCCUGUCCUACCAGAAGCUCAAGACGGCCCUCACUUCUCGCCUAGAGCAGGAACGUGAUGACUUCGAAAAGUUUGUGCAUCGCCGAAGAGCUGGAGGGGAGUUCGUUCCACCGUGUGUUUGCGUUCCCACGCAUGUCCUAGACGAGGUGCAGAACAUGCUGGAGAAAGAGGUUGUGACGACUCUGGCUGAGCUUGAGCAGGCCGCAAACACGUACCACAAGUCUUUACAUCACGAUUGGGACAUGUAUGAGCUCAGAGAAGACGCUGAAGAGGCUUGGUAG